CGUGCCAGCUCAUCGAACACAAACUGGUCACUUGUUCCGCUAAGAAUUGUUUUUUGUAUCGAAAAUCGAGGACAUCGGUCGAAAUGGCUCCUAUCGAGGCGUGUGGUCUGAUCAAGCAAGUGUCGGCGCUCAAGAAGAUACCCGUGGGCAAACUUGGCGUGUUGACGCCAGUCCACAUACGCGGCUUGGAAGUUGAGUUCACACUCGAUCAUGUCCUCGUGCCGAAGGCUGAGCAACGCCUGCUAGAGCCAGGAAUGAUUUUGCGAUUCAAGAUCAAGGGCGACAGUCGAAAUGGCUUCACGGCCGACGAGAUCAAGCCUGAAGAAUGCGCUCACUACUUCGGAUCGGUGAUCCGGGUUCCUACUGCCAAGGAUCCGUCCAGCAGGACGAUCGUUUCCCUCGAUCUGACGCUGGAUCCGAUCGUCAUCAGCGAGGAAAGUCUAAGGAAUCUGAAGCUCGACACGCCUCUGAGAUGCGGGGACUACGUCAGCUUGGCGAUCCGCUGGUCGGACUGGAUAGCGGCGCAGCAAGUCCACGCUAGACCUGAGGGGGAAAUUACCCAAGUAAUCGAACGUCGCGUACGCCGGCCACGAACCAAGAGUCAGGGUCGCGAGGCGGAAAAUGCCGCCCUGGCUGGUCUAGAGGGCAAUGUUGCGAAUGGGGCAGGUUUCGAGGAAUUGUCGCCUCAACACGAGCGCUUUGCUCGGCAGAGAGACAUGUGCGAUCGAGGAUCACGUCGACGUAGCAGAAGUGUCAAUCUUGACGUCGGGGAGAAAGCUUUCCCGAUACGAUAUUAUCCAAAUUAUCCGCAAUGUGGCCCUCAGAUGUGCUCUUGCCACUGCGUUCCCGUCUCGUCUGAUAUGAUGUACGGACCUUUCGCGAAUUUUUUCAACCCCGCGACGAUGUGUAUGCCACCUCCUUUCAUUCCUCCUUUCAUGAUGCGAGGCAGCCAAUGAGGGCGAGCUGAUAGAAAUGCGCUCCGCGAGUGGACGCUGUUCCAAGUCUGAACCUUGACACUGUUCCCCCAUGGAACAGUGAUGACGAUUAUGCCUAUGUUGGAAGUCGAGGAGAAUAGUGGGUUGCCGGAGGAAUCGUCCGAUCCGGAAUGAAUUCGAAAUACGACAUGUGCGAGAUAACUGGACCCCGUCCUCGAUUCGAUCGAGAGCAUCUUACAUAUUUUAGCCGUGGAGACAAGAAUUCCGCUUUU